AUGUCGGCUAAUGGAACAACAAAAAAGAUUGUGGCCCUUUUGCAGCAGCUGCCUGCAGACAAAGUGAAGCACUAUGCUUCUUUCAAGUACACGCAAAUUGAGAGGUUCUGCAACAUCGGCGGCAUACCCGUUCCGAAGGCAGUGAAGGAGGAGCAGGCAGCAGAGGACAAGAAGAAGCAGGUGUUGAUCAAGAUUGACGCUGCAAAGUUGAAAAGAAUGAUUUUUUCCGAGAAGGAGGAGCAACCGGACUACCAGAAAAACCUUUUCAACGAGGACAUUCUUAAACAGCAGUAUAAGUCGCUAAAAAACAUACACGAGAAGAAGUGGGGGGACUUCUAUGCGAUCAGCAGCAAGCUGCACGAGCCUAAGGGCAAUCCUAACUACUACACGAGAUUACUCGGGGAUGUUAACAAGGGUGGACAGAAGAAGGAGGGCCUUUUUGCAGCCUUCAAGACAAUCAUCAGUGGCAGAUACUGA